GAAGGACCAGGCCCACUUUCCCCAAACUGAACAAGGGAGCGUCUGUAGUUUCAGGUAGAAGCAACAGGUAACAGAUUCAAGAUGGCUGGUACAGCAAGGCAUGACCGGGAGAUGGCUAUCCAAGCGAAGAGAAAACUGGCCACAACCACAGAUCCCAUUGAGAGACUUCGGCUCCAGUGUUUGGCCCGAGGGUCUGCAGGCAUCAAAGGCCUGGCAAGGGUAUUUCGUAUCAUGGAUGAUGACAACAGCCGAACUCUUGAUUUCAAGGAGUUCUUGAAAGGCCUCCAUGAUUAUGCUGUGUUAAUUGAGAGAGAGGAAGCUGAACAGAUUUUCAGAAUUUUUGAUAAAGAUGGGAGUGGAACUAUUGACUUCGAUGAAUUUCUCCUAACAUUAAGGCCACCUAUGUCGAAUGCUAGGAAAGAAAUAAUCAUGCAAGCCUUUCGGAAGCUGGACAAGACUGGCGAUGGGGUUGUCACCAUCGAAGAUCUGCAAGGCGUCUACAGUGCAAAACAUCACCCUAAGUAUCAGAAUGGAGAAUGGACGGAAGAUCAAGUUUUUAGGACCUUUCUAGAUAACUUUGAUUCACCCUACGACAAAGAUGGGCAGGUUACAACAGACGAAUUCAUGAACUAUUACGCCGGUGUCAGUGCUUCGAUAGAUACGGAUGUCUAUUUCAUUGUGAUGAUGAAAAAUGCUUGGAAAAUCUGAUUGCAUGAUUUUAUAAAACAACACUUUCCCCCCUUUUUGAUCGGUUUGUUACAUCUC